CGGCCACCAAAUUAUGCUCGACUGUUUUUUCAGAGUGAUUGAAUAUAUAUUUAUUUUUAACCGCAAAAUAUGACAUCUGCGGCUUACAGAAACUACUACAUGACUUACAUCAGUUUACAGAUUAAACGACGAGAGCCGAAAUACUGUAUGUUCUAAAAACAAGUUGUUUUGCGUGCCAUUAGUAAAAGCUGAUUUGUUUUUAUAGUAAUAUAUCGGGAUUAUUAUAAGUAAGAAUCGUUGGGACCUUGUUCACUACUGACUGUCUGCCAAGUUUUGACUUUAAUGUAACCUCGAUGUUUUGGUUGUGGUAUGACUCUGUGUGUGAUCUAGCGAUGAUUUUCAAAUACUGACAUUAUCUUUGACCUUAAGGGCUUGGAAUCCAGCCAGAGUCAGAAUCCGCUGGCUUCUGUAGCAUCCGGUGCAAGGCUAUUUGUUUCUCCAUGAAAAACAGGUAGGCAAAUAUAAAUUGCUAUCUUUGUAGCGUUGCUCCUAAUUCUACUUGGUUAGUGUGUUGGUUUCCUAAAAUAUUUGACAGUCAAUCAUCUCCUUUUCCUUAACGGGCUCAAGACGAAAUUACAAUUAAAGCUGUUCAAGGAAGCUGUUCGAGAGAUCACCCAAAGUAGGAGUAUUUUCAUCGUCAUGAUACUAAGUGCACUCCUGUUCAAAGCGAUUCUUGUUGCUGUCCUAAGCUUUCUGGAUAAUUGGCACGCGGAUGCGUGUUCAGGUUGGUGUGAAUCCACGUUCAUUCUUAUCCGCUGUCAAGAAUAAGGGUAUUGUUGUUCUGAGUGUAUCCUCAGCCUUAUUCGGGAGAAACUUUAUAAAAUCUCUCGUGAUCUCUAAAUCCAUAUAUUAAAGCAACUAUAGUUUAGUCAUUGAAUUGAACAUGACCGUGUGUACGUACCCAGAUGAAACAAUAUCAAGAUUUUUAGACUGAAUGUGGAUUGCUGCACAUUAAUUAAUGAUCUUAAACUAGAAUAAGUCUAUCAUGGCCAUUCAGGUAGCUCGUUAAAAAAGAAUUCGCCUUACUUGCCUGGCAGCAAGGCCAUUAUAUCAUUAUAUCAUACCCUUGAUAUCGAAAAAGAGUAGAUAAUGGUCCGCGUUUCUUCUUCUUCGCAUUCGUAGGAAUUCCAGGUUCAAAAUAAAAAUCCGGAUACGCGCCAUGUUUAGUAAUUUUGACUCUUCCUAUUCAAGCGGAAAUUGACUGCAUUCUGCAUCUAAAUUGGUUUCAUUCAAAAGACUCACUCCAUUUUCGCCAAACUUUGUGCCUUUUUGUCAAGAGGAGGUUAUGAAGACGGGGAUUUACGAUCUUCCAAAAGAAAAGUAUGAAAUCAACAGCUAACAACUAUUAUUUCCAUAAAUGAUAACGUCCUUGUGAUAGCAACUAUUUUGUUUACCGAGGAAGGUCUUAAGGAUUGCAAAACAAACUCGAAAGGGAAAAAACUAGAUCCAUUUCAGCAACUCGAUGAUGUAAAUGUAUAUCAUUAUCAAUUUGUGCUUUGUGUCGCCAAAAAAUGCUUUCGAUAUUGUCUCUUUCUCUGCAAUUUUGGGAUUUUCUAGUUACGCUACGUCGAAUAAAUUCACGUUUAUCUUUGUAAACAAAUUUUGACUCGACUGAACAAUUACCCCACUGUCGUAGGCGAAAAUGAAACUGCAAGAUUCUUCCUGUAUUUAUUAACAUAUAUUUCGAUUAUUAAGUUCUAGGUUCGCAUCCUAAGCUUUAAAGAAAACAAAUUCUCUGAAAGGCAGGGGUGCUGAAAGGCAAAAUCCAAAACUCCUAAUUAGACCGUCAACAAAUUUUCAUUCAUUUAAAUCGGACUGGCUAAGAUUUUCAGGGUAAUUUAGUGUUAUCAACUGAGUUGAUAAUGUAAAUUGGCCACCGUGAAGAGUUUAAAGGCUGACGUUUCGAGCGUUAGCCCUUCAUCAAAGCGAUUGACGCUAUACUCUCCCACCGACGCAGCACUAUAGUUUCUUUAGCAAUUAACCCCCUUUAUUCAUUUGACCAAGAUUUUUGCCUAAUUCACAAAACAAAGAAAAGGACCAAAUGGAAGAGCCGGUUACCCACUCUUCUAUAGGGACGGCGUAGAGGAGAACAAAGCAAAAAAAUUAUCAUUGUUUACUAAUUAACCCCAAAAAAAUCAACUCGUUGGCCGAUGGGAGUUCCAGCCACUAACUCGUUGAGAGACGAUUUUUAGAGAUUUAUAUUCUAAUGAAGCAUAAAUAUAAUCAUUUCAGUUAGAUAGCGAGCUGGUUCCAUCUCGUGAAAUAGGGUUCAAGUCAGGUUGUAGAUCGCAACGCCCUACAUUCUUUUUCGUUUGUUUAUUUUUCUUGUGCAAGAGUGCUAAUUGUGCGCUUUCUUUGUGUCAUUGCGUAACGUUGCGUAACGAAGCAUGUAUUUAACCGUAUUGUUCAUCGUAGUUUGGUGCAGUUUUGCAGUGUAGUUUCGUAUAUUUGUUCUUUUCGCUUCGUGCAGUUUGUUCGCCACUAGGCAGGAUCUAUAACAUAGCAACAAAUGUAAGUUUUGUAUCAUGUAGUUUUCUUCGUUGUUUUCGUUGUACACUGUAAAAUUAAAAGAGUUGAUUUGGCACCAAAAAUGGGGCCAAAAUGAGUGAGUCCAGUUUGGCACUCGCUUAGGGUCAAUUCGGCCCCAUUGAAAUGGGGCUGUUUUUGGCACCAAUUUUGGGGCUGAAUUGACCCCGUUGUAGGGGCCAAAUUGGACCAUGUGAAGGGUGAAUUUGAAAAAUACAGGGGCCACUUUGAAAUUUAUAGGGGCCAAAACAGCCCCCGAAAUUUCAGCCCUCUCACAAAUGGCCCCUUUAAAAAGAGCCAAUUCAGCUCCAAUGUGGGCCACUUCAGAAGUAGAGGGCUCUUUCCUCUCCAUGCUGAUUUUCCCCCUUACAUUCAAAUAAUGAAAAUACACCACAUACUUUAUCUUUCAAACACUCAUUUAUUAGGUUCUAGAUAUUGUUUAUGUAAAAACCUUUUACGCUACCUGAUUUUACAGUUAUUACGAAUCUUAAUUGUGGUAUAAAACAGACAAACUUUAAAACAUCAUGUGAAAGAAUAUAACAUACAUACAUAUUUAACAUUAAUUCAACCAUUUUCUAAAAUAGAUCUCUUCCCUAAAUCAGUAUACUUCUUAACAGUGCAAGCAUUGCAAGAAAUUACACCCAAGAGACACUUGUGAGUAAAGCUUCCCUUUCAAUGACUUAGCAAAUGUGGUAAUGUAAAGCAACUUAUAAUUAAGACUGAUUUAAAGUACAGAAAAUUAUCAAAAUAAGACAGAGGCAACAAAUGGUCCAGUUCCUGCACAAGAAUAUAGAUCUUGUUUGAUUUGUGCAUAUGAAAAACAAAGAGCCUUAGAGCAGCAAAGAGUAUUCUUCCAGUGGAUGUGAGAAUACAUGCACUCAUAUUGCUACUUUAGAUAUUAUCAAAAUAUAAACUAUCAGCAAGUACUACCACAGUAUUUGCCAAGUCAUUGAAAAUAGAGGAAACAGUGACAAGAGUCUGCCUGUGCCCAAUUUCAAGCAAUGCUUGCUCUAAAAAAAGUCCAAAUUGCCUUUGACCGAUUGUAAGAAAAUAUAAAUGAGCCAAGUAACCCAAUGAGAGCAUAAAGAAUCUUUUCUUGUGAGAAGUGACAAAAUUACACUUCCCUCUGUUACUAUAUUCAGGUAAUUGAUGUAUUGAAGAUCUCCAACAAUUAAAAUUUGUGCUGGACAUAAUCUCUGAUUGCUGAAUCAACAUCAGUUACUCUAUGCAAUAAAAACAAGUUUUACAACCACAUUAAAAUCAAGCCAAAGUACAAAAAGUGCCUGUAGCCAGAAAAAAAAAAGAAUAUAUAUAUACACACUUAAGUUAAAGAAUUAAAGAGGACGCAUCAAUUCUCUGUGACUAAGUUUUGUGCCUAAGCGCUUGUCAGACAGAAAAGUUCUGUCUGACAAGCGCUUAAGUGCGAAAUUCAGAGUCACAUAGAACUGAUGUGUCCUCUUUAAUUCUUUAACUUAUGUAUACUUAGCUCUGCUACCACAGCAUUGAGCACUUUAUGCCAAGGUAGACUCUACCCCCACAUUUACAUAUAUAUAUAUAUUGUUUUUCUAAAACUACAAGCUAAAACACCAGAAAUGGAAGUGGAAGUUUAGCUCAAUGUGUGUAAUUUGUCUCCCAUUCAAGACUUGAAAAACUAAUGUAUGACUCCCAAAAUAUCUGAAAAAAAUCAGCUAUUCUAUGUCCAAUAUUUAUCUAAUGGUUUGACAACAGGACAACAAAAAGGCAAAAUUAAUACAACCCCAAAGUACUUGAACCUUUGUAUCUAGACUUCAUUGGCAAAUGGGCUCAGAAAUUUUAGCUGUUCAUCUUAGUACCAAAGUAGCAGUUUUUUGGACUUGUACCUCCAAAAUGGUCACAACUUCAUUAAAUGCAUGUGAUGACAAACACACAAGAACAAAGGUCAUGAACUUAAAAGGUGAGUGAUUAUUUUGCAACUUUUUAGUUUAAGGCAAGAGAUUCAGCACCACAAAAUUGUCUCUCUUCACUGCGAGCAGAAGAGGUGAAGCAAUAGAUUUUUAGACCAUACCAAUCCAUUCAGUUUCCAAGUCAACUUAGUCUAGUAUCCUGCUAACCAUACAAGGCUACUCUGCAAUAAUUUUUUUUUGCAAUCCACUGUUGCUCAGAGUACUUUAGGUUGCUGAUGAGAUAUCCCUUCUGGGUAUCCAACUCUACUGAGGCAGAGAACUGUACAAAAAAAACAAACAAAUGAGCAAAUUAAUUUGUUGUUGGAGAACAGUAAAUUUUUGCAACUACAAAGUUGCAAAAUAUUUGUAAGCAAACUGUGCAUAAGAAGUAAAAACACAAUAAUGGUGAUCAUCAAUGAUGUAUUUUCACCAAACUGAAUAUGUGCUUAUCAAGAAAAGAAAUCAUACCUCUAUGCACUUCAGUUUUAGUUCAGUAUUCAUGAAUAAAUAAGGAUUGCUUGUAGACUUAAAAAACAAAACAAAGAAAAGUUUCUUACCCUCGAUGGUAGUUGGAAUUUUGAAAGCCAUUCAGGAGGAACCUGUAGGUAAAUAUUUGUUUUCAAAAAAAUUAAACUGUCUGAUAACAUCCUAUCAAUUCACUAAUUUUUAAUUUACCAGAUUUAAAAAUUGGGUUUACUUUGUUUUUAUAUGCAUGGUGCAAGUAAAUACAUAUCUAAUAUAUUUCAAUAAAAAUAAAGCAAAUCUCGCCAUUUUUGUAGGUGCAAUCCCCGAGAUUUGUCAUCUUUAACUGACCAACUGGCACCUUGUGUGUUUUCCUUUAGGAUAUAAUCGAAAGAAAGUAAUCGAUAAUGUACUCUUCACCAUCCUGCUAAGUUUAAUAUACAAGAACUUACUUAGACAGUGCUCAGUUCUGUCGCCUCGUCCGUAAAACAGAGAUCCUUGGGCGAUUUACCCUUUUCUUUCGGUGCCAAUGUCACCUCUAAAUUUUCAUAAUCGCUGAUGUUAUAUGAAUCAUCAAUCGACGUUUGAACCGUCUUACUCGAAGGACUUGAUUCUGCACGCUGAAAGAGUGAGAGCCAAAAAUCAGCUUAAGUGGAUGCAGACAAAGACAUAGACAUAAAAAUAUCAGUUCAUCUUUUCAAGAAAAAGAUUAAGAAUUCAGAGUGAGAGAUCCUAAAAUCAGAGGAUCUUGAAAUAAGUUAAAUCCAUCUUGUGCAAAUGCAGUAUUCGAACUGUAACCGUCUAUAUCUCUCGGCGCCAAAAUUUGAUCACGUGACUUUAGUUGCGAAACCGCUGAGACUCAACAAGCAGGUAAUUUACUGUUAACAACUGGGUUGAAAACGUAAAUUAGCCACCGUAAAGGGUAAAAAAGCUGACGUUUCCAGCGUUAGCCCUUCGUCAGAGCGAUCGACCCAUCGCUCUGACGAAGGGCUAACGCUGGAAACGUCAGCUUUUUUACCCUUUACGGUGGCUAAUUUACGUUUUCAACCCAGUUGUUAACACUAAAUUACCUGCUAUACUCUCCCACCGACGCAGCACCACAGUUUCUUUAGAAACUUACCCCUUUAUUCGAGACUCAACAAGACUCGGGAGAAGAGGCGAAUCAUUCAUGCGUCAAAUUCUCUGGUGGGAAAUUAAUUAUCGUACCGACGAAGAACUCGUGUCAUCUCUAGGUUCAGCGUUCAUUGCAAUCAAUUUCUUGAGUUUUAGACGCUCUUUUAUAAUAGGGAUGUAGUGCCUUGGUACGUCUGCAUCUUGGGCGAUGGCAAGGAGAACAAAGAUCAAUGGAGCGGUCAAGUUUGUGAAUGUAAAGUUGCAGUAAAAUACGUUGUUAAGAAAUUUCUUUUGCCUACCUUUCCUUUCUUAAGUCUCAUUCCAUGCGACUGUAGCCAAGAAACAGCCUCUUCAGUGACGAAUUCGCUGCUAUAAUUCAUUGUUUCCGACGCACGUGGUCUAGGUUCGACUAAUGCCAUCACAGGCAGCUCACGCUCACGUCUCGAGGAAAAGCCAACGAUUAAUUCGUUGUGUGACUCGGUGUUCAGUUACGAGAGGAACCGUUGAAAAUUUGAACACUUUAUAAGGAAUAGUAUAGGGAACGAAAUAUGGUCGAAAAAAGAAAAUUAUAUUUUCUUUUUUUUUCAAAAAUUGCACCUCGUUGGGGCCAAAUUGGUCAAUCCUACUUAGCUCUUGGAAGGGCCAAAUUGAGAAAAAGUUCCAAAGUAGAAUUCAUAGGGGCCAAUUCAGAUUUUGGAGGGGUCGAAAUGGUACCUGUCCCGCCCGUUUUGGCUCAAAUAGUCCAAAACGAACCUUGAUGGGCCAAACUGGCCCUCGAGAAAUUGGGGCCAAUUUGGCUUUUGGGGUCAAUUUGGCUCUUUUCAUUUCACAGUGUAGCUUUCCUUGUGUAUUUAGUCUAGUUUAUAUUGUAAGAGUUAUCGUUCGCUGUUUUAUUUGCAGUUUUAACCGUACCGUGUCGUUUCGUUCCGCGCUAAAAAUUGCGCUAGAAUUAGUUAGUAUUAGUCGCCAGUGGCAGUUACACAGGUAUCAUCGACUUUUUGACAGCUUUUGUUAGAUUUUUUGCUUACCCUGUAGGCUCUCACUAGCCAAAUCAUCGCUAUAUUCAAAAACUUGAUCAGGUACAUGGAAUAAAGAUUGAUAGAACGCGAAUUAAGAUUAUUAACGUACAACACCAGGACUUACGAAUUUUCUUUCAUUGGAAAACUGGAAUUGACAGAAGUGGAAAAAUCAUCAUACAGGGCAGGUUACCGGUGUUUAUGGAAGUAUGUGAACUUCAUAACGUAUAUUCUGAAAUGUGACCUGUCAGUCAGUAUAUAAUUAUGAUAGUAUCGGCGAUGGAAAGUGACGCAGUCAGCUGAUAGCUGCGUCACAGUUAUGUCAGGGUUGCCGCAUUUUCUGCGUCAGGGUAAUUUUAGGGGAUUCUACAAGGGAAAAAGCUUUAUACAUCGGUUCCCAGUAUUUGUUUCCGCGUUUACUCGCCUGAUGAGGGAGUCGUUAGUAAGAACACUGAAUUUAAUGUGUAAUUUUUAUAGGAUUACCGUUACCUCUUCCAAGCAUUAAUAUUGCAAUUGCAGGUGUUCGAGUAAUGUGGAUCUUAGUGAUGGAUCAGGAGGGCAUCUUUGGUGUUUCGGGUGGAAUUCACAAAAAUGUUGCUUCUUUUUCAGUUCCUUACAUUCGUGAAAAGAAAAGAAACGAGAUAAAAGUCAUCGAAGUGACCAGCGGAAAGGAUGUUAAACUCACUUGCCAGAUCAGAACCGUUGGUCAGACCUCAAAACCAAGGUAUUACUGGCUCAAAGACAAUCAGACGCUCAUUCCAUCGAAUCAUCAACGUCUGAGGUUAAAACCCUACAGAUCCCUAAAGAUAAAAAGAGCUAAGAAAGAGGACACCGGCUUCUACACGUGUGUCGCAGUAAAUGAGUGUGGCAAGAAUCCUUUUACAAUGCACCUAGUUGUCGGAAGUAAGUAAACAUUUGGGACCAUCUGAGUUUUUUUAAAAGUACAAGUACGCACGUGAUUUCUAGCGAUAUCCUGGGGAGUAGAAAGAAAGAGGACACCGGCUUCUACACGUGUGUCGCAGUAAAUGACUGUGGCAAGAAUCCUUUUACAAUGCACCUAUUUGUCGGAAGUAAGUAAACAUUUGGGACCAUUUGAGUUUUUUUAAAAGUACAAGUACGCAUAUGAUUUAUAGCGGUAUCCUGGGGAGCAAAGUUCUUUUAUACUAGUUGUGUGCGACAAACUGAGGUGAUGUCAGUUAAAGUAGGAGUUGCUAAGGUAGGCAAAUAAGAAGGGAAAAGGUGGUAAUUUCAUACUUGCCAUCACAAAAAGUUAUUUCCGACGAAGGUGCAAUGUUUCCUUUACCAUUGCUUAAAGUAUUUAACUGAGACAGCUGGGAGUUCAAAAUCCUGUCAGGACGUGAAUAGAAAGAUUCAGAUGUGUGUGGCCUCAGAUAAUCUGCAUCACAAAAGCAUUUUCCAUCUAGAUAAUUUCUUGUGUUUUUCUCUUUAAGGUCCAACACUGAAUCCCAACAAAACUACAGUAGGAGGUAAGACAGAUGUGCUUUCAUUUCUAAUUGGAAGAAAUUAGUGAAAGAUGAAUAUAGAAGCAGUUUAGUUGAUACAGGAGCCGAUAUUGAUGUUCUUUGAAAUAGAGAAAAGCAACCUUCCUCUGGAAGACAGUCUCAAUGGGGUGAUGGCUUUUACGGCUAACGUAACGUUACGGCUAAUUUUGGCCAAUCUACGGCUAACGGCUAAAUUUUUGGCUGUUGUAAGGCUGUAGGAUAACUCCAUUAACACCCUCCGAGAAGAAAACUGAUGAUGAAAAAAAAUUAUCAAGAAAUUAUAAUCCCUUGAAAAAAAAUUAAUGAAGUGUUGAAGCUCAUCUACAAAGCCCAUCAAAUGAAUCUUUCAAGUUAAGAUUUUGUACAUCCGAUUAAAAAAUAUAUAUUUUGGCAAUCGCAUAUGUUAUCCAGUAAAUUUCAUAAUUUUUCUACGCUUUGUGCGUUAAACAUUGACUCGGGAGCUGAGACGGCCAAGAUCUGAUUGUUAAUUAUCCUCUUUAGCUGCUACACGCAUUUCCUUAUAAAUGCCGGAGGAACGAGAACUUGGUGUUAGUUACUUCUAAGUGAUAAGUUUGAUUAUUCUCAUUGCCUGUUUGCUGGAUAAUGUAUGGAUAUUAUACUAGGAGAAAUUACAUGUUAAUCACUUGUGGGAGUUAAAGGGCAAACAGGUUAUGGGUCAGAGUGACGUGUUACAGUGAAACCUCGAUUUAACGAAAUGCCAAAGGACCGGGGAAAUUGGUUCGUUACAUCGAGGGUUCGUCAUAUCGAAAACCUUGAUUUAACAAAUUUGCGGAAAAACAACUAAAAUGUUCGUUAUGUCGUGGCAUGGUUAACAAUUUCUUUCUUUUUCUUCUUCCUUUUUUUUUUUUUUUUUUUAAGGGGUGAGGUAGCACAGGAAUCGGAGCAAUUAUUGUAAAUUAUAUUACUGCUUUAAUGUCUAUGUGCAGAAUUAUUUUUAAAAACAUUUUUUAAAAAUCUAAACUACUGAGCAGCACUUUGCGAACAGUAGUUUUAAAACUUUUUAAUUCUCCGACGCGUUUCGUCGAACUGUCGUAGACUUGAGGGAGUUUUACAAGUUAACACGAAACGCCUGUAGUUAUAAACCAUAGUCAGCGGCUUUUACUGGGGCCAAUGACCAUAUAGGCUUGGCUGGACUUACGAACAGGAACAGGCGAAGUUUUGAAAAAAUUUGAACACUUUUAAAGCAAGGAUAGAAAAAUAUGUAGGGGCCACGGUUUAAAGUUAGUGCUAACUUGUCAAACUUCCUGAAGAAGUCCACGACAGUUAGACGAAACACGUCGGAGAGUUAAAAAGUUUUACAACUACUGUUCGCAGAGUGCUGCUCACUAGUUUAGAUUCUUAAAAAAUGUUUAAAAAAUAAUUCUUCACAUAGACAUUAAAGCAGUAAUAUAAUUUACAGUAAUUGCUCCGAUUCCUGUGGUACCUCACUCCUCCAAAAUAUUUGAGGAAAUUGCAUUUGCGAACGAUGUCCGCGCGAUGAGGCCCUUUCAAUGCCGCCACAAAUGUCAAAAAAAAUGUAACUCUUAAAGAGAUUCAAUCAACACUUUAUUCACAGAAUACAGUUAUCAAUGUUACAUGCAUGACUUCAUUCAGUUACAUUACAAUCAAUAAAUCCUUGCCGCAAACAGCAAUAUGGCUCAAUCAGCAUCAAGCAAUCCUGCCCUCUUGAUUACCAAUAGUGCCCACGUGAUUAAGAAAAAAAUACUCUCUGUCUCAGCAAAUCUGCAUUCAAUAAUUUUGCCCUGCAUGUGAUAAAACUCUGAACCAUCAUCAAAAGUUCAGUACUGUAGAACACUUAAAAUAAAAUAAUGUUUAGACUCUAACUUGAAAUGUGUUAGUAAGGGGUGGCUUCUGGGCAGUUGUCGAGAAGUUCAACGCUCAAAUGCUGUGGCUGUUCUGCGCUUCACAGCUGCUCCAAGAUUUACGGUAUCGCAAAAUAAGAUGAGGCGCAACCUUCUUCAAGUACCCGUUGGAAACUCUGUAAAGCUGGACUGUUCUGCUGACGGAAACCCUCGUCCUACCGUGAAAUGGUACAAAGACGGAAACUUGUUUAAAGAAAGGAGAAGUGGCCACAAACUGUCUUUGAGUCCAUGGACAACCUGGUUGAGUCUGAAGGACUUGGUUCCCUCUGACACUGGGUCAUACAUGUGUAAUGUGAGCAACUCAUACGGAUGGAUUAAUCAUACAUACAAAUUAGACGUUCACGGUAAGAGGAAAAAUCCUUCAAAUUUUUCUAGCUGACACAGACUCUGAAGAGUACUCACGGUUUUCUUUAUCUGAGAAAAAGAAUCUUCAAACUCUUGUGGUCAAUAUAAAUCCCAUUUAAAAGGCAAAUUAAAAUAAACAUUACAAGUAACGAAACAAUGGAUGUUUUGGGGUUACAUUGACAGUAUUGACAGUAUUCUCUUUUUAAUUUUUUAGAACGAGCUAAUGCUGAACCAGUCGUUCUACCCAUGGAAAAUGUCACAGUUUAUCGAGGAGAGAAUGCCAGCUUAACAUGCAAAGCAUUCAGUGAUUCCAUGCCUCAUUUCCAGUGGUUAAGGUGGUUUCCUGUGCGUUCCAACGGUUCGGCCAACAGUUCGGUAAAAGGUUCAAUUGAAAGUCCUCACUACGAAAUCGUGAAUAAAGAAGACAGAUACCAACGUGUAGUUGUACCACCAAGUGGUAGCAAAAUGUUUGAUUUCCACGGAGUGAAGUUGACUUUGUUAAAUGUCACAAAGAGGGACGAAGGAAAAUUCACUUGCAUUGUGGGAAAUGCUGUUGGUUACGCAGUCGAACACGCUUACAUCGUUGUCCAAAACAUCGGUAGGUUAAGCCAUUAUUAGAUUACUAAUUCUUCAUAAUUCUUGUUAUCAAUUACUUUUAUUAUUAUUAUUAUCAGAUUAUUAGGGGUUUUCUGUGAUGUGCUUAUAGCAGCUCUUUUUCUUACCACAUUUUGACGUCAUCUGUGAUAUGUUAUUGAACAGACGCACGGCAACAUGGAAUUUAUUUGUUAACCCUUUAACCCCUAAGAGUGGCUAGCAUCUAAUUUCUCCUUAUAAUAUCACCCUUGAAUCAAACAUUAAGGUGAUGAGAAUAGAGGAAAUGAUCACCAACUAAAGCAGCUCUUGAUUAUCAAACAAAUUCUCUUUGUCAGCACCUUAGGAAAUAUAUAGUGAAUAGUGUGGAGAAUGUGGAUACUGAUGUUAGGGGGUAAAGGGUUAAUUCGUUAGGUGUAAUUCAUUUUCCAUGAAGCCCUUGUAAACAGCUUUCUUUUCUUGAGAGUCCCCUUCGUCUCGGGAAUCACGGAGGGUCGAUUUUUUCACGACUACGUGUUGUGUUUGCUCGAAAGAGCUAGCGCCACUAAGCGGCUUAGGUUUGAUUUGGGUUUACAGCACUCAGUUACAGUGUUUGUAUCGUGACUCACUUGGAUGUUAAUAAAUCAAACGCGGGCCAACUGAAAAAAGUGACUGCUUAAUGAUAGCGGAUCAUUUACUGAAAAUUGUUUCCAACCGAGCAUAACUUAUUUUUUUCACUUUUUUAAUUCGUGAAGAUAAAGCAAAACCAAAUGAAGCUCAGCGAACUGAAAGCACCACAGAUGGUAAGUGUAGCCGUGAAAGACGGACGUGAUUCAUUUUUUAAAAUAACAUUUGUAAUUUCUCUAUCUCAGAAAAAAAAGAAGCACGAUCUUUCACAUUUCUGGUACGUAUCUAAAAGACCGGUUAUUAUUCGUCGUCCUGGGAAGGGGGGGAGGCACCCUGGGGAGGGGGGCUUCCUGGAAAGGGGGGGCUUGGAUGAUUUUGUCUGCGUCACGAUAAAAUUCACCUGACUCCCUCUCAUUGGCAGUUAAUUAGCAGUCAAUUUUUUGUAGUCCCCCCCCCCCUUUGUACUUUGGCGACUAAUGCUGCCCCUCUGUUCCCCCUGAAAACCAUGUGAUCCACCCUCAAAAUCCUCUACCCCUAGCUCUAGGCUGUAAAUUAUGAAUGGUCGCCAGGUGUGCCAAUUGUUAAGCAUGCACACGCCACGUGGUACACCACGUGCGCACUAAAUAUAAGAAAAGCUCAUGAAAAUCUUGACUGAUGGUUGCUGCAAAUAAGGAUGACCAUAUUUUCGUUGGAUGCACCUUUGUAUUUGUGGAUCUCUUCCUUUCAUGAUUCUUUCCAUCUUGCCGAGCAAAUGAAACACUGAGAUGCGUUAUAACAUGUAUCAAGAAGCCUUCUAAACGGAGCUUAAUUCUGGCUUGAGGGAAUGACUUUGGUAUCAAACAGAAUUAUCGAAACGUUUUAUUUCCUGUAAAAAACACACAACGCCUAUCUCAAAGAAUUUUUGAGGGAUUUGUUGAAGGUAAAGUUCCCUUGUCGCAUUUGGCAAAGACGAGCUCAAUACCAGUCGAAACCAGAUUUUUUACCAUUUUUUGUUACGACGACUUCAAUUACUGAUAACCUGUAGAUAUUCAUUCGUUACUUGCUGUUUCGUCACCCUCAGAUCAAACCAACUACUUACUAUUUGUAGUCAGAUCCCUUUACGCGGAACUACCUACUGAAAUUUGUCUUGCUUCGUAGCUCAAUAGGUAUUAGCGCUCAUUUGAUAUUUGAGAGUAGGUCUGUCCUGAUCGUGUUCAGCAACAUUUGAGCAACUUUUGGCGUUUGGAGUAACUUUUUGCGGUUGUAGCAACCUCGAGGAAUUCUCGCCUUUCUCGACAAUUUUUGAGCAAAAUAUAAGUUUAGAGCACAUAUAAAGGACGAAAAAAUCAACGAUUUCAUAGAAAACUUCAGUUUACACGAAUUUCAUGAAUUGUUUGUUAACUUUUUGAACACAUAACUUGUCACGUGACAACAUUUCGCAGGCCUAUUGAGAUCCUUAUCUAAGAUUUUAACAGAUAAUCGGCUAAAAUGACUUUCGGAAAGACGUCAAAUGAACCAUGUGUUUUGUUCCGUUUAACUAAAGAGUAUUCUUAAAUUUCGCCCAUAUUUGCAAGCAACCCUUUGAAGCUGAGUUUCUUGACCGGUGUUUUUAGCAACUAUUGUGAAGGCGAAAGUAGUGAAGUAGUGCUGGGGGAAAGGAGGGAAUUCAUUCAAGAUGGAGAGAUAAAUAUGUUUGGUUCAUUCUUGUGUAGGUUCUACUGUUAACCUGACAUCCAUCAGUUCUGAAAGUGAAGCAGUUACGCAGACGUCAAUGGGUUGGACUGAUAGAAUAAGGUACCCGGCGGCUGUAAUCGCAGUUUCAGUGGGCGUGGUCGUUAUGUUGAUCAUAGCUUCCGGUCUCUGUUAUUGGCAGGCGAAGAAAGGCCGAGCGAGCUCGUCCGCAACGAUGAAAGGCCGACACAACAUCGAUUCACUUCAAGCGAAGCACGUAGUCCAGUCAAAUGAGUACGUAAUAGUGCCAGACCUAAAAGGACUCGGAAAUGAUUUUGGCACUAACUGAUUGUAGAUAAAAAGCCACAUAAAAGAGGAACUCAAAAGUAAAGUUAAAAGAGAAAAGGGACCGAGGGGGGAAAAAUUACGGCAAGACAUCUAAAAUUGCCCGACACGAAGAGUAGUUAUCACUUUGUUCCAUCUAUUUGGAAAUCGCAUAAUACAGUCGCUCAAAUAUAGAUUAUUUCAGUCUCUACAAACAUUUUAUUGAUUCAGUGAUGAGCUGGUUUGGAAAAAGUUGUAAAAGCUGUCUUUCAUUUUCCUUGCGAUUUGAUGGAUUUCUUUAAAUAAGCCUUGAAUGAUUGAUGUGUUUUAAUAAAGUUGUCUCAUUGGCUUGGAAAAAGAUGCGAUUUAGAACAUAAAGUGGUGUGAUUCGUGGAUAAAUCGCACGAUGAGAGCCUGUCAGAUUGCAAGGAUCACAACGGACUUCAAAAUGGAUGUAACAAACAUAGUAAAUUAACCAUGAGCAGAAUUUCAGUUUAGCAGAAUAAAUGAAUAAAACUGCAUACCCUCAAAGAAACACAAAAGGGUUUGUCAGGCUUUGUUCAAAUUCAAUUCUUCAGUUCAGUUUCGAUUAGUUUUUUUCUACAACCGUCGAAGGGAAAGGAUCAACGUUUUAGUUGUUAGAACCAGUUUCCUUACCGAAGGGACCGCUCUUUUUUGCAGCAUGUUUGGUCUCGUCACGCAACGAUAGACGGCUUCAAGGAGAUGUUAGUAGGAAACGGUGCUCACACCAUAAGUGUUCUUUCUUUGACUUAUUUCCUCGUGCGUUUCAAUUUCAUCCAUAGUUAAAAUGUUAUUUUUGAUUGAUUUUGGUUGAAAUAAAGUACAUUGAGGGUUUGAAACAAGAAACGUCAUGAUGUGAAUCGUUAAUAAAAAAAAAUGCAGUAAGAACUAGUAUAGCAAACCUUUGUGUCAGUAGGCAUCUGAGUGCUAAGAAUGGGAAUAUCAAUUCACUGAAUGUUUAUCACAAACAGAAACUUAAAUGUGUGUAAAGGACUAACAUUGUUGAGAUCAGUAGCAGAGAGGAAGCAUUUCUGUCCUCUUCCUUUAACCCUUAAAUACCUAAGAUCUGAUUCUUAAUUCUCCGUUCUAGUUGCUACACAUUUACUUGUAAAUAAGUUAUGAGAAUUUCAUGUAAGAUCGAGAUAACUACUGCUCGAUGAGUUUCCGUAUUAUCAUUAUCUGUUUGCUGGAUAGUGUUUGGAUAUUAUAG